AUGGAUGAAAUCCCGGAGACUUCGCGUGGAAAGGAAGAUGAGCGACAAACAGAAGUCGUUACCUAUCGACGGAGGGAAUAUGAAUCGGUAACGAUAGAUGUCGAUAAAUGGACACAGCUUGUCGAUGCCACAAUCUUUGAGGCGAUUGAGAUUAAAAGUGCAAAGGACUUCUAUCCAAAGAAGAAACCAAAUGAUGAAAAGCGGAAACGAAAGCAUGAUGUCUCUUCACCAAUUGGGAAGCCGAAAAAGAUGAAAGAGGAUAUGAAACGGGUAUCAAGAAGUCCAGAUGAGGUGCUGAAAUUCAAGAACAAGUUCAAAACGCCGGCUUUCAUCAUGGACAGCGGUGGUUCAGAUGCGGAAAGUCAACCCGCCAAGAAAUCGAAAAAAGAGGAUGAAGCCGAAAAGGAGCUUCUUCGCAAAGAGGAAAAACGAAGGCGAAAGGGAGCAAAGAGAGAACGGAAAGGAAAAGGAGAAGAAGGAAAAGACGAAUUGGAGAAAGAAAAACAAAAAGAAGAACGGAAGAAGGGAAAGGAAAGGGAAAGGAAACGAGAGAAAGAAGAAGCAAAAAAAGUGCCUAAAGAUGACGAUUACUCGAAUCCAGCAACUCCAAUGGCCAUUCCUGAAGCUGAGGAAGUCGACGAAGAAGCUCUCCGAAUUCGUCGUGAAGAGGAUGCUCUCAUCGAAAAACAUCGAGCUGGGAUUGAAUUGGAGAAGGAAAAAGAACUGAAAGAGAAACGACUGUUGGAAUUUGAGUAUUCUUUGGAAGAAGUUCAAUGGUCUUUCUACGAUGCAGCUGGAUUGAGUGACGAUUAUUUGCGGAAUGCCUUCGAUCUAAAGAAAGUCAAAGAUGACAAAGAAAUUGCUGGACCAAGUUUUGAGCAACCGAAAUCGAUAGACAAGGACGAUAAUGAGGAUGAAAAGAAGCAAAAGCGAGUGAAGAAAGAAAAGGAACAGGCAAAGCGUCGACGAGCAGGCAUUGAUGAACAACCUUGCAUGCAAUGCUCAAAAAUUAAUCCCGAUUCCCGUUUUGAAGAUUUUGGCGGCACUCCAUCUCAAUUUUGUUCACAUGAAUGUAUUCGCGCUAUUGUGAAAAAAGCAAAAACGGUGCUCGUUGAUGAAUCCGCUGAGGUGAUGUUGAUGUCAAAUGGAUGUGUACAUGCGGGUGUUCGUGUCUCGGGCCUACUCGAUUAUUUGAUGAAAAACCCUCACGCUGCUCCGGUUCUCCCUGCCAUGAGAAAAGAUAACAAGCCGAACAAAGUUCGUGUACAGGCUGAUGACGAUAAGGGAGAUUCGAGCCGAUCGGCUGUUCAUUUGAGGGUCGAGCGAAGCGAUCAAGUGGAUAAGUUGCAAAAGCACUUGAAAGAGCAAGCAGAAAAGAAGAAACUCGAAAAGGAAACGGAAAUUAUGCGAGCGAAUUGCAAGAAAACGAUGACUGAACAACUGCUAAAACGGGUGAAGCGACCUCUCGAUCAUGGCGUGACCACAAAAUGCAUCAAGGAACUAGUGGACAACAUUGAGAAGACGCUAUUUGGGACUUGUAACAACGAUGUGAAGGGGAAAUAUAAAGCUUGGGUGAAAGGUUUCGUCGAGCAAGUGAUGUCCGUUAAAAAUAAGGGAUUCUUCGUUCGAGUUGUGAAAGGAAUGAUUGAUGUUUCUUUAUUGGUAUCGUUGAAACCUGAGGACUUCACCGCUAGUGCAUACGCAGCUGAAGUCGAUCCACCAGAAGAAAAAAAUACCCCAACUCAGUCGACUUCAAAAAAGAAACAAGAAACAAAGGGUGGUGUCAUUGAUGAUCUUCUUGAUUCGGAACGAGACACAACUUUGGAGCAUGGGACUCACAUGUAUGAUCAUCGAUGUCAAAUAUGCAAGGAAAGGAAUAGGAUUGAAUUAGAACGAGUUAAUAAGGAACGUGCGGAGGCGCAACAAGCCAAGAUUGACGAGGAAGAGCGGAGAAAAAAGAAAGAAAGAUUGCGACAAGUUCAUGAGCCCCGUCAUACUCAGCCAACGCUCGGAUACACACGGAAGAUUCAAAAAGCAGACGACGAGUUUGACUUCAGUAAACCGCUUGGUGGGUUUUGUCCAAAGACUCCACUCUAUGGUUCUUCAAGAGAUCAAGAGAGUCGUGAUCGUUCGACACGAAGAUCGCGAUUUGAGGAAAAAGAGCCACCAUCACGUUUCAGGAGCUCGCAUUCACCACAAAGAAAAGACACGGAUGAUUAUAAAGUGAAUCGCGAUCGGAAAGAAAAGGAUAAUGAAAGGAAAUAUGAAAAGAAGCACGAAAGAGAACCGGAAAAGAAAUACGAAAGGAGAUAUAUUCGCUCACCAUCACCAAUCAAUACGCAUAAUGAUGACUAUGACGAUGGAAACUAUCAAGGUGGUGGAAGCGUUUCCCCGGCUGCAGCUGAACGAAGCUACUCCCCUCAACCGACACGAGAAAUGUGGAAGAGCGAGCGUAUUUCUUCUCCAUCUUCUGCGGAUAAUGGACGUUCGCAGAACAUUAGUUGGAGAGAAAAUCAACGGACGGUGAAAGUUGGAGUCGAAUCGUGGAGAACUCCGAGGGACCAAAAAUCCGUUUCCACAUGCAGUCUCGAAUAUGCUCGUUUACAAGUCCUGGAUCGAAUGCACAAAUUUGGUGCCUACGAGAAUUUACUCAAUUUGACGAAGCGUUACGGCAAAAGCAUUUGUGUGGUCUACAACGCUGAGCCAAUGAUGGAGCUAGCGAGGCCGCCAUUCAACGCUUUACUCGUCGAGCUCUUUGAGAUGAAUUCAGUUCUCCGCGUCAGAUUGCCAUCAGUUUAUGCGUCAAAUGUGGAGUACGCUUGCUACUUCAUUGCAUUGGCAAAGACUGAACCACCUCCAGAUUACGUAUUCCCACCCGGAUGCAUUGAAUCGGCUCGUGACCACGCAAUGGCUUUUCUCGUCAUUGCCUCACCGCUUAACGAGGAAAUCAACAAAUUAUAUAGUGGGAAAAGUCCUGAGAAGAAAAUGAUGGGUGCUGAGGCGGAAAGGAAUAGCCGAAUGUCGAAACGGGAACAAACGGAACGAUGGAGGAGGAGCCCUGAAGUGCUCAAGACGCCGAUGGGUAUCGAUUUUCCAUGGCAGAAAAGUGGUGAAACUCCGGCAGAUCGGGAAGAUUUUGAUAAUCAAGGACCGUCAAAGAAAAUAGGAUUUUGGACAAGGCAGAAAGAAACACUUGUUGAUGAGGAAAUUUAUGCGAUACCCGGAAUGGAAAGACCGAGAACUCGCGAGCCUAUGUUGACAGAAGAACCGGAAAGCUCGGAAGCUGAUGAUGAAGAAGAGACAGCUGGGGUGACCGAAUCGCAUGAACCGCUGAUUCCUGCAUCAUUCUAUGAAAUGAUCAAAAAACAAGAAGAAGAGCAAAAGGUGCUGAACGUUGAGACGAUUCCUAUUAACACUGUUGAAGAUGUGGCAACGGCACUUCAUCACGAUUGGAAAGCUAACGAAGUUCUUCUCAUUGUUAAACGUUUCAUUUCACUUGGGCGAGCAAAAGAAGAAAUCGAGAUCGUUCACAAGCUUUGUCUCAGCUAUAUCCAGAAGAUUAAGAACAAGAAAAUGGCUAUCGACAGAGCAAAGAACGCACCGGUUAUCCCAUCAAGUCCGCAAAGAAAUUUAUCACGAAACUCGACCGAUGUUGAGCCAACAGUUAUGAAGCAGGAACCGAUUGUUAAGGAAGAGACGCAAAGUGUAGCAAAAGAAGAAAUACCACAAGACAAACACCAGGAAGAGCCAUCGACUAGUGAAGCUACGGAAUCGGAAAUGGUCGCGAAAUUCGGUCUUGACGACUUUGAGACAAGUAACGCAACAUUCACGGCUGGUGGCAUCCUUAGUAUAAUGAAAAAUAUGCAAGAGAGACCUCCGGAAAUUGCGAAGACAUCCGAAACGCCAGCUAAAAGGGAAACAACAUUGAAAAAACCGACUGUAACCGAAGAAACGUCGCCGACUCUUGAGGGCCCAUCAACUGCACCACCUACACCACCAAUGUUGGUCACUCCUGACUCGGACAAAAUGGUUAUGGAUGAGGGCGAAAGUCGGGGCUCGCCGAUGGAUCAGAAUUCUGAUUCGGAGGAGGAUGCGCUAACACCUCCCGGACCGUCGACGAUAAAGAAUGGGCCACUAAGUGUUUCUGGUGCUCGAUCUCAUUCCAUUCCCCCGCCACCGCCAAUACCGCCAGUAAUUUCAACGACUCCUAUGGCUCAAACGUCUGCCAAUUUGAUGCACGAAUACUUUCCGCCUCCAAAUUUGGCCCUCGCUCCACCUGGAGGACCACCGCCUGUACCACCGCCACCGCCGACAUUGCCUGGGUCCUCUAUUUCUACUUUCAUUGCCGAUGCUCCACCACCGCCCCCGCCGCCACCUCCAAAUUCGACUCUUAGUUAUUCAGGUGGAGGAUCUGAUAGAGGAAAUUUGUCGUUCAAUGAAUCGAUGCAUCAAAGUCCAGCGGCAUUCCAUGGCCCAAUGAAUGGUUUUCAAAAUGGUGGCAACGAGGAUCAACCGUGGCCUCCAGCACCACCAGGAUAUGCGAUGCCGCCACCACCACCACCACCUGGAAGACCACAAAUGAUGUCAGAUGGACGACCAAUUAUGCCAUUGCUUGAAGCCGACCAACCUGGACCUUCACGGAAUAUGGGGAAACAAUCAAAUGAAGCACAAUAUUUCAACAAUUUCAAGGAGAAUUUUGAUUACAACCCUGAAGAUGAUGAAUGCGAGGGUGAAUGGCGAGAAAGUGAUAACAAGCAAAGCCAACGGAUUGGACAAGGACCCGAUUCACCACAAAGAUAUCUAUACAACGGACGGGGUAGAGGAGCCCUACCUCUGAACAUGCCACCGUAUGGGAAUGAGCAUGGUUCAUCGUCUCCAUUGAUGCACGCGAUGGUUCCUCCACCAUCGAUGAUGCGACGAGAGAGUCCAUCACAAUGGAGAGGAAGGGGCGGCCCACCACGAGGAGUUCCACCACCACUAAUGGGUGUUCCACCGCCAAUGUUUGGAAGAGGCAUGCCUCCACCUCGACCACUGAGCGAUUUCCAUGAAUUCGACGACGGUCCAAUGAUGGGUAGCAUGCCGCCUGGAUGGAGAGCGAUGGCGCCACCUCCACCAAGAGGAAGACCACCACCACCACCACCACGGGGAGGCCGAGAACAUUUCUUCGAC